AUGAAGUUCUCGGCUACCAUUCUGACCGCCCUGGCAGCCUCGGCGGUUGCCAACUACGCCCCCAUCAAGGUGGAGUGUCCAAAAGAUGUCAACAUCUCCCGACCAGCAGACGGCCUGAGCCACCAGGAGGCCGACUACAUCAAUGAACGACACAAAAAGACCUCCAAGGCGCUCAGAGAGUACCUCGGUGGGCUCGACAUCAAGGCCCGAGGCAACAACACCUUCGACACGGACUCUUUUCUGAACGAAACCUCCCCCAAGCUCGCCAUUGCGGCUGCCGGAGGAGGUUUCCGGGCCAUGCUGGUUGGAGCAGGCGUCAUUGCUGCCCUGGACAAGCGUGUGGACGAAAACAACAAGAACGGAGGCUUUCUGCAGUCCGCAGACUAUCUGGCCGGUUUGUCUGGAGGAGCUUGGCUCGUGGGAUCUCUGGUCCUCAACGACUGGCCUACUGUGCCUGAGAUCCAGGCUGACCCCCAAAUCUGGUACCUCAACAAGUCCUUGGUGGGCUCAGUCGAACCCGGAUCCAUGAACACCGUCGGCCUCUUCGCCAAGGUGCUUGCAGAUACCACCUCCAAGCUUGCUGCCGGCUACCAGACCUCGCUGACCGACCAAUGGGGACGACUGGUGUCAUACCAGACCAUCAACUCUUCGCACACCAAGGGCGGUCUGGAUGCCACCGAGGUGACCUGGUCUGGCAUCAGAAACAUCUCCUCUUUCGUUGACCAUGAAAUGCCCUUUCCCAUCAUUCUGGGCACAUCUCUUUUCCCCGGAACUUCUCACGAUGUUGACCAGAUUAAAUUCAACAACUCCAUCAUCGAAAUGACCCCCUACGAGUGGGGAACCUGGGACAAGAACAUCCGGCAAUUUGUCGACACCGAGUACCUGGGUACCGAGAUGUCCGACGGAAAGCCCACAGGAAACUGUACCCGACGAUACGAUAACGCCGGCUUCCUGAUGGGAACCUCCUCCUCAAUUUUCAACAUGGACAUGAAGACUCUGGGCUUUGGCGGCUUUGAGAGCGUGCUACUGCAGGAUCUCUUCUCCGCUCUGGAUAUUGUCAACGAGGGCUCUUUCAACGUGGCUGUUUACAACCCCAACCCUUUCUACCAACAGGUUGGCAUGCAGACCAAUCAGACCAUCUCCAAGGCUCUGUACGUGUGUGACGGAGGUUUCGACAAGGAGACCAUUCCCAUUCUGCCUUUCCUUCAGCCCGAGAGAGAGGUCGAUGUUGUCAUUGCCAUCGACCCUUCCACUGAUACUGAGGAAAGCUGGCCCGAUGGAGAGUCUCUUCGAGCCACCCAGAACAAGUCCGACUGGGAGUUUGGAGACGACGUGUUUCCCAAGAUCCCCUCUAACGAGACCUUCAUCAGCAAGAAUCUGACUACCAAGCCUGUCUUCUUCGGCUGCAACACCACCAAUCUCAAGACGUACAAGGACUCGGAUCGAUACUCUCCCGUCAUUGUCUACGUGCCCAUGUCUGACAUCACCUACCCCUCCAACUUCUCCACCGGCAAGCUGUCCUACACCAACGAGGAACAGCAGCGAACCAUCAACAACGGCUACAACAUGAUGACUCGAAGCAACGGAACCGAGGAUUCCAACUGGGACAAGUGUCUGGGCUGUGUGACUCUGCUGCGAGAGUUCCAGCGACGGGACUCGGAUGUUCCCAAUGACUGUGAGCAGUGUUUCUCCGACUACUGUUACAACUAA